AUGCUGCUGUGGGUCCGGCAGGUGCUGCCGGCCUUGGUCCUCCCUGUGCUCCUGGCUCAGGGAAAAGCCAGGCAGAGGGGAGCCCCCCAGACCCCCAAUAGCACGAUGCCUGCGCUGCUGAGACUGUCUGAUCACCUCCUGGCCCACUACAAGAAGGCAGUGAGGCCUGUGCGGGACUGGAGGAAGCCGACCACUGUCUCCAUCGAUGUCAUUAUCUAUGCUAUCCUCAGUGUGGAUGAGAAGAAUCAGGUACUGACCACUUACAUCUGGUACCGGCAGUUCUGGACUGAUGAGUUUCUCCAGUGGAAUCCUGAGGACUUUGACAACAUCACCAAGUUGUCCAUCCCCACGGACAGCAUCUGGGUCCCCGACAUUCUCAUCAAUGAAUUUGUGGACGUGGGGAAGUCUCCAAGUAUCCCGUAUGUGUAUGUUCGGCAUCAGGGUGAGGUCCAGAACUACAAGCCCUUUCAGGUGGUGACCGCUUGUAGCCUCAACAUCUAUAACUUCCCCUUUGACGUACAGAACUGCUCACUGACCUUCACUAGCUGGCUGCACACCAUCCAGGACAUCAACGUCUCCCUGUGGCGCUUGCCAGAAAAAGUGAAGUCUGACAAGAGUGUGUUCAUGAAUCAGGGCGAGUGGGAGCUGCUGGCUGUGCUCACCCAGUUUCAGGAGUUCAGUGAAAGCAGCGACAGUUACGCAGAAAUGAAGUUUUACGUGGUCAUCCGCCGGCGGCCCCUAUUUUAUGCAGUAAGCCUGCUCCUGCCCAGCAUCUUCCUCAUGGUCGUGGACAUUGUGGGCUUCUACCUGCCCCCAGACAGUGGCGAGAGGGUCUCCUUCAAGAUCACACUUCUCCUGGGCUACUCGGUCUUCCUGAUCAUUGUGUCUGACACUCUACCGGCCACUGCCAUCGGCACGCCACUCAUUGGUGUCUACUUUGUGGUGUGCAUGGCUCUGCUGGUGAUAAGCUUAGCUGAGACCAUCCUCAUCGUGCGGCUGGUACACAAGCAAGACCUACAGAAACCCGUGCCUGCCUGGCUGCGGCACCUGGUCCUGGAGAGAAUUGCCAGGCUACUCGGCCAAGGGGAGCAGCCGACCUCCCACAGGCCUCCAGCCACCUCCCAAGCCACGAAGACUGAUGACUGUUCAGUGUCUGCCUUUCUUUCAGCCAUGGGAAACCACUGCAGUCAUUUGGGGGGACCCCAGGACUUGGAGAAAGCACCAAGGGGCAGAGGCAGUCCUCCCCCACCACCGCGGGAGACCUCUCUGGCUGUGCGUGGGCUACUGCAGGAGCUGUCCUCCAUCCGGCACUACCUGGAGAAACGGGAAGAGAUACGGGAGGUGGCCCGGGACUGGCUGCGCGUGGGGUCUGUGCUGGACAAGCUGCUCUUCCGCAUCUACCUGCUGGCAGUGCUGGCCUACAGCAUCACUUUGGUCACACUUUGGUCCAUCUGGAAUUAUUCCUGA